CUAUAAACCUAAUUUGGAGCAUUGAUGGCUAGAGUCAUCUAGUCACUAAUGACUAGAACAGCUUUGGAAGAACUUUCUCUAAAAUCUGUUGGGGUACCAUUUUGCUACUGUCAAAUCAGUGCCUCCUUUCUGGAAACAAUUCCCAUCUCAUGUGCAUCACUGGGGCUACUGGGUUCUUGCUUUGUUUCCUUUCCCCCCUGCUGUGGUUUUUGAUAUUUUGAACAAAAAGAGCAAACAGAAGAGCAAGUGGAUAGGAUCAGGGAUGAGAACGCUGUGCCCAGGACUGAGCCAUGAGAACCUGGAAGGAGCUGCUUCCAUGGCUCAGGACCAGUGGAGUGGUUUGUUCGUGUGGAAUCCUGGGCGAGAACUGAGCUGACAACUAAAUGGACAUGCAUUUCUUCAAUCUGGAAAAGUAUCAGCAGAAGUGGUUUGGGUAUCAGAAUGUGAUUGUGAGUUGCUCGUAACCCCAGAAUAGUGUAGGGAGUCGGCCAAAUUCUAUUGGGGGCACACAGGAUGAAGUCUGGAAUCUAAAACUGGAAAUAAUCUGCAGCCUUGAAACCAACCAACCAAGAUCUCCUUCAGUGUGACCAUCCCAGAACAGCCAGACUGCACAUCUGGGUGACAUGAGGCAGAUCCUUUCCCUGCUGCUUUUUGUGGCGCUCAGCUGUGCUGCGAAACCCAAGCGGCAGCAGGCAACAUCUGAAUGGGACUACAGAUCUGAAGCUGAAAAGGUCAACCUGAAGGGAUGUGCCAAUCUUACUGUUGUCCUGGACAACUGGAAAUUUGCUAUCAUGACCCAAAUCAAGAAUCUUCUCCUUUAUGAUCACCAGACUGUGUUGCCUGACUAUGGAAGAAUCAAGCCCCUUUCUGAUGCCCUUGAUGACCUGUACAAAGAAUUCAAUGCACUCAAGGAACGGCUUGGAGAACUGACCACACGCUUUGAGGGAGUGGAGUCCUUUGUGGAUGAGAUGAACAAAGGCCAGAACCAGCCUCCUGCCAGGACUCCAGUUAGGGUGACCCAACCAGAGGCCGAGAAAGCAGCUGUUCCCUUGCCACCCAAGCGCCGGCGAGUCCUGGGCCGAAAUGGGAGGAAGCCCACAGAGCUGCUGACAGAUGGAGCACAAUAGAAGCUACUCCAAAGUUUUCUUGUCAGAGCGCUAUGAACUUUCCCAUGUUUUAGAAGUCAAAUAUGUCUCUCUGCCUGCCUGUCCAACUUUAUCUCUAAAAGACUGCUCCUGAAGAAGGUUGCAUCAUGAAAGGUCUAGAUAAGAGAGCCAGAGAGGAGUCCUCUCCAAGCUAGCGAAUCUGGGGACACAGGUUUAUCAUGUUCUAAAAGCUUGUAUGUGUUGCACAGGUACAAUCGGGAUGGAUUCAAGUAGAUUCCAGGGAUUAUUUAUGGAAUUUAGCAGCAUGGUUCCAUUGAAAAGAAGGUAUUGCUAAGAGGACUCAUGAGUUACAGUAGGGUAGUCUGAAUCUCAGUAGGGCUCAUUCCUUAAAAUAUCUCUGCACAUCUUGACCAAAUUGAGAAUAUAAAGACUUGCCCUGAACUAACAAAAGAGCAGACUCACAGUCCAGCCAAUACUCUCCACCUCACAUAAACACCAGAAUCUUGUAAGUUAUGAAAAAGGACUUGCUUUGCUUUGCAAAGUUCCAUAGUAUCUUUCAGCUUCCCAGGAGGAAAUAACUUCUACCCCAUUUACACGGAUUGUAGUGGCUGCAGCAUCUAGUUCACCUGAAGUCAAGCAACGAUAAAGGAAGUGGCUGACAGAGAGGUCAGCAAGAGAGCGACUCAACAUCAAAAUUAACUGCACUACUGCAGUGAGGAAGUAGCAGUUUUGGAUGCCCCUCCCUGCUCCAGGAAGCCCCCUCUCUAGGGAUGUGCACAGACCACGGUUCGGGCACAGGUUGGGCGCCGCCAGGGCCAGACGGAUGUGGGAGAGUGGCAAGCAGGAUCUCUUUAGAGAAGGAAAGCAUGUCCUUAUCUGCUCUCUGCCGCCUCAUGGAGCUUCCUGUGCUCGCAGUGCCAGCACACACGGCAUCUGCCCUCUCUUCCACCUGGAAACAGGGCUACACAACCCCCUGGGACAUAUGUUUAAGUGGCACAGAGGACUUCCUAGGGAAGGAGAGGGUGCCAACACUGCCCACUUCCUCACUUGUACCAGUGCAGUUAAUUGGCAAGUUCUCUUGGGCUGUGCUGCUCUCUUGCUGCACCUGUGCAUCCUGGCUCUGUAUGUCAGUCAGUAUCCAACAGUUGCAGAUUAAUCUGUUCAUUCCUUGUAGUAUAGACUACACAAUAACCCACACAUUCUGUUGUACAAAUAAAUGUGUAGAUUCUCAGCGAGUAGAGUCUUGUGUAGGAUGCUAGUUCAUCGAUUUGUUAUCCUACUUCAGUGCAGAGUUGUAUUUAAACAUGCAGCCUCUAGGAGAAAUCAAAUGCCCUGGAUGAGAACAAGGCAAUGAAGUAUAGAUUAACCAGAGUUCUCUUAGGCUGAAGAGGCAAACUAGGGUAGUGGCUAAAUAGCAAUGGGAUUGUGCAGGUGUAUACUGCAGGACCAAAACGGUUAACUCUGAAGUAGGAUCUGAAUGUUUGUUCUUGUGUGUUUCAGUGCAAACCCAGUCUCUCCUCACCAAACCAAGCUACGGCAUUCAAGCUUGUGUGUAUUCGACAGUAAAAAUGAUGCUUUGGCCGAGGUUUAUUAGUAUCAAAACCAAUAAAAAACACAUGCUAAAUGCAA